CCGGGGUAGAUUGUAUGUCGUUGCAGCAGCUGUAACAAGGGGAGGCCAUUUUCUGUUUCUAGGAAGAUUGAGGGCUAGGGGAGAGGGAAAAAGAAAGGGAAGAAAGGGCUCAGCGCCUCCCCGCCGAGCCGUGGACAGAGGGGCACUUUCGGCAGGCGGGUGAGGUCGCUGAGGGCCCAGAGGAGAUGUUUUCCCUCUCGAGUACGGUGCAGCCCCAGGUUACAGUUCCUCUGAGUCAUCUCAUCAAUGCCUUCCAUUCACCAAAAAACACACCUAUUUCUGUCAGUGCAUCAGCUUCACAAAACCAGCAUCGAGAUGUAGUUCCUGAGCAUGAGUCUCCUGGCAAUGAGCCUGUACUUAAUUUAAGAGACCUUGGAUUAUCUGAAUUAAAAAUUGGACAGAUUGAUCAACUGGUAGACAAUCUACUUCCCGGAUUUUGUAAAGGCAAGAGCAUUUCUUCCCAUUGGCAUACAUCUUAUGUCUCUGCACAGUCCUUCUUUGAAAAUAAAUAUGGUUACUUAGAUAUGUUUAGUACUUUACGUUCCUCUUGCCUGUAUAGACAACAUUCAAGAACUCUUAAAAGUAUUUGUUCAGAUCUUCAGUACUGGCCAGUUUUCAUACAGUCUCGGGGUUUUAAAACUUUGAAAUCAAGAACACGGCGUCUACAGUCCACCUCUGAAAGAUUGGCAGAAACACAGCAUAUAGCGCCAUCAUUUGUAAAGGGGUUCCUUUUGCGGGACAGAGGAUCAGAUGUUGAGAGUUUGGACAAACUCAUGAAGACCAAAAAUAUACCCGAAGCUCACCAAGAUGCGUUUAAAACUGGUUUUGCAGAGGGUUUUCUGAAAGCGCAAGCACUAACACAAAAAACCAAUGAUUCUCUAAGACGAACUCGUCUGAUUCUCUUCGUUCUGUUGCUGUUUGGCAUUUAUGGACUCUUAAAAAACCCAUUUUUAUCUGUCCGCUUCCGGACAACAACAGGGCUUGAUUCUGCAGUAGAUCCUGUCCAGAUGAAAAAUGUCACCUUUGAACACGUUAAAGGAGUGGAAGAAGCUAAACAAGAAUUACAGGAGGUUGUUGAAUUCUUGAAAAAUCCACAAAAAUUUACUGUGCUUGGAGGUAAACUUCCAAAAGGAAUUCUUUUAGUUGGACCCCCAGGGACAGGAAAGACACUUCUUGCUCGAGCUGUGGCUGGAGAAGCUGAUGUUCCUUUUUAUUAUGCUUCUGGAUCAGAAUUUGAUGAGAUGUUUGUGGGUGUGGGAGCCAGCCGUAUAAGAAAUCUAUUUAGGGAAGCAAAAGCAAAUGCUCCCUGUGUUAUAUUUAUUGAUGAAUUAGAUUCUGUUGGUGGGAAGCGAAUCGAGUCGCCAAUGCAUCCAUAUUCAAGGCAGACUAUAAAUCAACUUCUUGCUGAAAUGGAUGGUUUUAAGCCCAAUGAAGGAGUUAUCAUCAUAGGAGCCACAAAUUUCCCAGAGGCAUUAGAUAAUGCCUUAAUACGUCCUGGUCGUUUUGACAUGCAAGUUACAGUUCCAAGACCAGAUGUAAAAGGUCGAACAGAAAUUUUGAAAUGGUAUCUCAAUAAAAUAAAGUUUGAUCAGUCUGUUGAUCCAGAAAUCAUAGCUCGAGGUACUGUUGGCUUUUCUGGAGCAGAGUUGGAGAAUCUUGUGAACCAGGCUGCAUUAAAGGCAGCUGUUGAUGGAAAAGAAAUGGUUACCAUGAAGGAGCUAGAGUUUUCCAAAGAUAAAAUUCUAAUGGGGCCUGAACGUAGGAGUGUGGAAAUUGAUAACAAAAACAAAACCAUCACAGCAUAUCAUGAAUCUGGUCAUGCUAUUAUUGCAUAUUACACUAAAGAUGCAAUGCCAAUAAACAAAGCUACAAUCAUGCCACGAGGCCCAACGCUUGGACACGUGUCCCUGUUGCCUGAGAAUGACAGAUGGAAUGAAACUAGAGCCCAGCUGCUUGCACAGAUGGAUGUUAGUAUGGGUGGAAGAGUGGCUGAGGAGCUGAUAUUUGGAACUGACCAUAUUACAACAGGUGCUUCCAGUGAUUUUGACAAUGCAACUAAAAUAGCAAAACGGAUGGUUACCAAAUUUGGAAUGAGUGAAAAGCUUGGAGUUAUGACCUACAGUGAUACAGGGAAACUGAGUCCAGAAACUCAAUCUGCUAUUGAACAAGAAAUUAGAAUCCUUCUAAGGGACUCAUACGAACGAGCAAAACACAUCUUGAAGACUCAUGCAAAAGAGCAUAAGAAUCUAGCAGAAGCUUUACUAACCUAUGAGACCCUGGAUGCCAAAGAAAUUCAAAUUGUUCUUGAGGGAAAGAAAUUGGAAGUGAGAUGAUAACUCUUAAAAUGGAUGCAUUGCUGGUUUUACUGCAAGAAUAUAUAAGUAGCAUUUCAGUAGUCUCCUUUUGCAAUGCUUUUCUCCCAUUCUUGACUUAGUAUCAUCACUUAAGGGUCUGAAACUCUAUGUUAGUCUUUUGUCACAUUUAAUCUAAUUUUGGUUAUUCUCAUGAUGACACCUAUUGCAGAUUAUCAGCCCAUAGCAAAUAUGUUAAAGAAAAUAAAGAACUAUUAGGAUUGAAAACAGCUGGUUUGAGCAAUGUCAAUCAGUUAUUAAGUUGAAAAUAAGUAAUGAUUUUAUGGGUGGUUCCUUUACCAGAUGUGAAUUAAAAUUGUGCCUUGGGCUCUUGGGAAGUAUUUUGUACUUGGCAGAGUAAAAUUGUAGAAGGAUUGUCUUUGUGUUUAGCUGGUUCCACUUACCUUUGAUAAAGAAAUGAUACCAUUUGGCUGUUGGUGAACCAUAUUUCUAUAUAGGUCAGUGGAAACUUCAUUAGGAAGCACUUAAUUAUGCUCCAGAUUGUCCAUAUAGAAAAUAGUUCUGUUUUUGUUUUUGUCUGUCAAAGAGUAGAGAAUUGUAAACAUAUAGCUAUCAUCAGAAUUUAAAUGAUUAUAAUCUUUUAGAAAUGCAGCUUGCAUUUCAUUGUCUUUUUUUUUAACAUCAUUAUCACUCUUAUUAAUUAAAUUUAUUUCAAAGCAGCAAGUAUCUUGUUAAAUAAAAAGUAACUCACUUCAAAUUCUGAAUAACUAUAUAAUUGUGCUUGGUAUUGAAAGAAAAAUUAACCCCAAAUCUCAGUACCUUCUAAGUGAACUUUGGAUUACCCUGUGUUAGAAAUGGAAAGCUGUGUUUGCUUUUCGUUCAGAUUUUGUGAAUAUGAACAUGUUGUUACAGGAUUUACAGAUGACUUUAUUUAACUCAAUAGAAAAAUUAUUUUAGAGCUCAUUGUAUUGGUUUUACAACCAAAUUAUAUUCUUGAAGUGAUUUUAUUAAAAUUACCUACAGUUUUCUAAUAACUUUUAAGCUGUAUAUGGUCUUCAUUGAAGAAGUUGAUAGAGGGAGUUUGCUAUACAAUAUCCUUUUCUCUUUUUUUUAAUGUAAUUUUAAAUUUUGAUCUAAUUUCAAAUUUAUAGAAAUGUUACCAAAAUAAUAAAAGGAACUCCUAUAUACCCUUGGUCCAGAUACGCCAUCCCAUUUGUUAAUUGCCCACCUCCCUUUCUCCCUUUCUUUUCUCCUUUCUUCUUCCUUCUCCCCCUCUCUGGUAUAUAUGUAUGUAUGUACAUGUGUCUUUGUGUGGAUGCAUGUUUUUAUUUUUCUUGGAUAGACUUCUAAUAUUGAAAUUGCUAGGUCAUGUAGUAAAUUUCUGUUUACCUUUUUGAGAACCUGAUGAACUGCAUCUACAUCAUUCUGUACAUCUUCUACAGUACUUAUAGUCUCUCUUUUUGAUAAAACCAUUCUAGUGUGAAUGAAAUAUUAGCUCAUGGAUCUAAUUUACAUUUAUCUACACUAGUGAUAUUGAGCAUCCUCUCCUUUUUUAUUGGCCAUUUGUAUAUUUUCUUUGGAGAAAUGUCCGUUCAGACCACCCCAUUAAUUUUGGGUUGUUUGUCUUAUUACAUGUUGUAAGAGAUACAUAUUCUAAAUACAGUUCCCUUAUCUUGCUUUCUUGAUCCAGUCUGACAAUCUCUGUUAUUUGAAUGGAGUGUUUAGUUCAUUCAAAUUUAGUAUUGAUAUAAAUUGUCUUUACAUCUCCCAUUGUGCUUUUUGUUUCCUGUUUCUCAUAUCUGAAGAGAUCCUUGUGUUCUUCCUUUUUUGAGUUACAUGUCAGUGGUUGACCUAGGGAUGACUGUGUGCAUCUUAUCAGUCUGCAUUAAUUCUGGUAAAAUGGAGGAACUUUAUUUCAGUAGAUCUCAUUUUCUUCUCUGUGCCCUUAUUUUCAUAUGUUAUAUCUGUGCAUGUUACAGCAACUCAACAAUACAGUGAUGUAACUAGUGCUUUGUAUAAUUUUAUUUCUUCAGUCUUUGCUGAGAAUGUUUUUUAUUUUGCCUUUGUUUUUUGAGGGGGGAUAGUUUUGCUGGCUAUAGAAUACGUGGUUGACAUUUUUUUUUAUUCACUCGUUUUGAAUAUGUUAUCCCACAGACUGCUGGCCUCUAUUAUUUUUUGUUAAGAAGUCAUAUGUUAAUUGUAAUUCUGGUCUCCUUUUGUGAUAGGUUUUUUUCUCUUGCUGAUCUCAAGGUUUUGUUUUGUUUUGUUUUGUUUUCUCUUUGUCUUUUACCAGUUUGACUAUGAUGAUGUGUUUAGGUAUGGAUCUCCUUAUGUUUUUCCUAGUUGGGAUUUAUUGAGCUUCACGUGUAGAUUAAUAUUUUUCAUCAAAUUUAAGCAAUUUUUGGCAAUUAUUUCUUCAAAUACAUGUAUCUGUCCUUUUCUAGCUAUUCCUUCUGGGAUUCUCCUUACAUGUGUUGUUGGUACAUUUAAUGUUAAUCUGGUCUCAGGCUUUGUUUUCUUCAUUGUUUUUUCUCCCUGUCCUUUUGAGAUUGAAUGAUUUCUGUUGAUUCUUAAAUUCACUCAUUCUUCUGCCAUCUCAAAUUAAUUGAACUUUCCAUUUCAGGUACUAUAUUUUUCUGCUCUAAGUUUCUAUUCAAUUCGUUCAUUUACUUUUGUAUCUUUUUAUUGAGAUUCUUCUUACAUUGCAUCAUUUUCAUCAUGGUUUUCAUUAAUUCUUUAAACAUGGCUUCCGUUAGUUCUUUGAACAUGUUCAUAGAGCUGCUUUUAAAUCUUUGCUAAAUCUACCAUCUGGAAAUACUCAGGCAGUUUUAUGUAAUGCUUUUCUUCCUUAGUGAGGGUCAUACUUUCUUGUUUCUUUGCUUUGUAAUCUUGUUGAAUUACAGAUAAUGUAGCAAUUAUGGAUUCUGAUUUAGUAACAGUAACUUGCCUCCAGUUAAUUUAUGAAGUCCCUCUCUACUACAGUGUGCAGCCAUUGAUGUCUCUUGUUCAUUUUUAAAAUUUUUAAAAUCUUGCUUCCUGAGGGUUGUUGCUGUGCCUGCCUAGCUUAGCAUUUAGGCAAAGAUUGGACAGAAGUUGUGUUCAAACCGCAUCAUUCAGGCUUUCCACUCUGCUGAUGGAUCUGUGUGGGCUUGCAAGUCCAUUCAACAUUUGGGUCAUUUUCAAGACUGCUCUGGUUUUUGCUUUCUAACAGGCUUUUUGCUUCUCCUUUUUUGUGUAUGUGCACGCCUUGGCAACCAUGGAUACGUGGGUGGUUUGAACCAGCUUCAGUUUCUACUCUGCAUGCCUCUGGUAAAUCUGGAGUAUAUGGAGUGCUUAUCAACUCCAGAUGGCUGUCUUACCUCCCAUAACUUCCAGUGAAAUACGUUGCUACUCUUACCUUGUUUGCCCCAGACAGGACUGCACCCCCAGUCUAGAUAACUCUGUGUGCUUAGCAUGGAGAUCACCACUUUGACUCACUCUGCAUCAGGUCAAGCAAGUCCCUUCUGACAGUGGCAGCAAGUUCUGACAUGGGAAGUGAGAGCACAGCACCACAGACUCACACAGCUCUUACCAAAUUUCAGUGAUUUUCAUGAAUAAACACUUCUUAGUUUAUUACAGGUCUUUAGUUAGUUCCAGAGUGCUGUAAUGGUUUUUAUUCCACUUCAUAGUUUGUUUUGUUUUUUUUUUUUAAGUGGGAAUGAUUUGUCAACCUCCUCACCUCAUCAUACUGAAUCUCCCUCACUUAUUUUGAAUCAUACUCCAACCAAAGCUGUUUAAUAAGAAUGGACUUAGGGAGGACUGGUAAACUUUGCAGAGCUAUCCAUUCAAAGCUACCAGAAUGCCACCAUUUGACAUGUAACCUCUAUCUAUUAAGUUGAGUACUUUUGGUAAUGGAUACAUGUUUUAUUUUAGAUAUUUGUAUUUGUGUAUAUUCAUUUUAAAGUAAAUACUGAGUUACUUCAAUCCAGCUGGUUAUAUUUCUUACUGUAAGUAUGCAGUAUUUUAAUAAAAUAUGUUGGUGGAAUGUA